AUGGACUCCACGACUACGUGGAACCCGCAAGGCGUGCACUUCGUCGGCUCCCUCCCUCUGCCGACCACUCGCGAUGUCUUCAACCUCCUCGGCUCGACCAUCCCACACCACAUCCGGCGCAUCCCAGACGGAGAACCCUCGUCGCGCGGCAACUUUGUCUUCUUCCAGCGCGAGCUCUUCCUGCCGUACCCGCAGCUCGUGAACACGAGGCACAACCCGACCGCGACCUCGGGCCAGCCCCUCCAAAAUGUCGACGAGGUGACGCGGUACCUGGAGGAGCAGCUGGAGACGGGCUACGACACAGCGGCGAUCGAGUCGUAUAGAGUCUUUGCAGAGAUGCGCGCCGCGGGCUCGAUCCCAGCAGACGUUAAGUUCCAGGUCUGCAUCCCGACGCCGCUGAACGCGCUGACCUCGGCCGUUGCCCAGAACUACAAGGCGUUCGUCGAGCCGUACUAUACCGCCGCCUUGGUGCGCGCUCUGGUGAGAAUCCAAGCUCAGAUCGCGCACCAGGAUCUCGCCGUGCAGAUUGACUGCGCGCACGAAUUCGCCGUGCUGGACGAGAGGUGGAAGCGGGUGCCCGGGAUGGAAAGGAGCAAACCGUGGUGGUGCGACGUCGACGAGGACGGAGAACGUGAUGGAAAGAACGACAUCCGCGACCUCGUGUUCCGCGGCGUGGUCGACCGUGUAGUCUCGUUCGCCGGCGCUCACCACAUCGCCGGCGACGUGGAGCUGGGCUUCCACUUCUGCUACGGCGACUCCGGACACAAGCAUUUCAUCGAGCCGCGGGACAUGGGCACGAUGGUACGCGCGGCCAAGGCGAUCCUGCCCUGUCUCAACCACAAGGUGGACUACAUCCACAUGCCGGUACCCAAGGAGCGGGACGACGCGGCGCACUUUGCGCCGCUGAGAGAACUGCUCCCGCUGCUCCGGGCGCACGGUACGCUGCUGUAUCUGGGCUUGGUCCGGGAGGGGGACGAAGAGGGCACGAAGAGGCGUCUGGAGACGGCGCGCAUCAUUAUCGACGCCGACCCCAUUGGCACAAGCACCAGCGUGAGCAGUAGUACUGCCGAUGACAGCACCUCCGAGCCUGUUGUCACAUGGGGCAUCGCCACCGAGUGCGGCAUGGGGCGGAUGAAGAGCGACGAUGUGCCCGGGACGUUGGAGCUCAUGAAGAAGCUCGUACGUCCAAUCACACGUUAA